ACGUAGCGUAAUCCUGCAGCAAUGUCGGAAACUGAUAAACAUUCCUCUAAUAUAAAUGGCAAUUCUGUACACAAUAACACGACUGAUCAAGUAAAUAACCCGCCUGCUGGUGACGGAGAUACUAAGGAACAACCAGCACGAGAAAUAACUCAGACAGAUCAUCUAAACAAAAAGUUGUUGAAUUCAUUUUUAAACCGAAUCAAUACCGGAAGUGUAAACUUAAACGAAAGUGAAAGUACUUCUAGUGAAUGGGUGGAUAAAUGAACCAACAAUGAUCUUUAUAGGAAUUAGUGGAGUGACGUGUGGUGGCAAAACAACAUUAUGUGACAAAUUACUAAAAAAGUACCAAAAGCUCAAAAUAUUUCACCAAGACGUGUAUUUCCUGGAACCGGAUGACCCCAGGUUGAACAUCAUUCCAGAACUGAAUCAUGCAAACUGGGAAGAACUGAAUUCUCUAGAUAUGGCUAAAAUGAAAGAAGACAUUGAUGAAUUUAGGACCAAUGCUACAUCACAUGGUUUAAUAAUUAUAGAAGGCUUCACUAUAUUUAACUAUAGAAAAUUUGAUGGAAUGUUUACAAAGAAAUAUUUCUUUACAUUAAAUAAGGAAGAAACCUGGAAUAGAAGAAAGUAUCGUGAUUAUAUACCACCUGAUGUUCCAGGAUACUUUGACAAGGUUGUUUGGCCAAUGUAUGAAAAACAGUUAGAAGAAUUAAAGCAACAAACUGAUAUAGAUUGGAUUGAUGGCACCGAUGACCAAGAUGAUAUCUUUAACAAUGUGUGUUCCACCAUAGAGGAUUUACUACAGCAAUAAUACUAGGGACAAUAUAUUUUUACUUAGAAAAUUAUUUCAAUUACGAGAUAGAAAUAUAGACCAUAUAAGAAUGAAAGGACAUUUUAACCAUGCAGUGUUUGAUAAUGGACAUUGUCUAGUGGAAACAUGGAAGAAGGACUGUGGACAAUGUGUCUAAAAAUGUCUACACAUGUAUCUAUGUUAACUUUUAAUGUGGUAUUAUUUUAGUGCAACUGGGUUAAUUUUUCAAAACACAUUCAUAGAACAUAAAUUUUCUACAUAAUAAUUGUAUUCUUUCAUUGCUAUUAAAGAUAAAAUAAAUUCCUUAACUUACAAAUAUGAUGUAUAUUUUUAUCUUCACUGAGAAUACAUGCUUUUGGAA